CUGGGUCAAGGUGAUAGCACAAUGUCACUCGACAAGCAUUUGUUCGAGCUGAAAUUUGCUGCAAAGCAACUGGAGAAAAGUGCUCAGCGCUGCGAAAAACAGGAGAAAGUCGAGAAAGAUAAACUUACAGCAGCUAUUAAGAAAGGCAAUAGGGAGGUAGCCCAAGUUCACGCAGAAAAUGCUAUCCGGAAGAAGAAUGAAGCAGUGAACUAUAUUCGUAUGGCUGCCCGGAUAGAUGCUGUUGCUGCUCGAGUGCAAACUGCUGCUACACAGAAGCGAGUGACAAGUAGCAUGAGUGGUGUUGUUAAAGCUAUGGAAAGUGCCAUGAAGACAAUGAACCUCGAGAAGGUUCAACAGUUAAUGGAUCGUUUCGAGCGUGACUUUGAAAAUCUCGACGUUCAUACUGCAACAAUGGAGCGUACCAUGGACGGCACCACGGUUCUUAAUGCUCCUAAAUCGCAAGUUGAUGCUCUCAUCGCUGAAGCGGCUGAUAAGGCUGGUAUCGAACUCAACGCCGAGCUGCCAUCAAAUGUACCUACCACGGUACCAGCUGCAGCGCAAUCUGUUGCUGACGACUCGGACCUUACUCAACGUCUUGCCGCAUUGAGAAACAUGUAG